UAUCAAGUAUCCGUAUCACACAGCGCCGGGCGGCAGCUGUCGUAUCGAUACCCCAGUGCUGGACGAUGAUGCAGCGAGCUCGAGGCGACGUCCGGAUCAACGGGGCGCCCUCGGUCGGGGUUCAGUCAGGUCCCGAUCGCACCGCCGAGUCUUCAGAUCUAUCGGCACGCAAGUGAGACUGCAUAUAAGGACUCGGUGCGCGCAGACUUGUGUCAUCUCUUUCUUCACGGCGCGGCUCCACGGUUCUCUUGCUGUCUUCCUUCUGUUCUCUUUCUGAGGCGCUGUGUCCUUUCUUUCACUUUCGCUUGACGCGGCUGGUUAUUUUUGUUGACUUUCUCGAGGCCGCUUUUCCACUUCGAAUUCAUCUUAAUAUACUUCUUCAUGAUGAUGUUCCGCUCUCUGCUCGUUGGUCUUGCGCUUGUUCUCCCCAUCGCUGCACAGCAAAUCCAGGACGUUUGGACGACUACCUCGGAUAAGCAGUCACUGUUCAACUACACGGACCUCAGUGACAACCCGAUCAACUUCACGAGUGAUGCUUCUGCCUCUGCCAAUAUCCAGGUCAACGCGAACAAGACGUACCAGGAAAUGAUCGGCUUCGGUGCCGCUCUUACCGAUUCGUCUGCUCAGCUACUUAGCAAGCUGAAGUCAUCGGACUCUGACAAGUACUGGGACCUCCUCAACUACAUGUUCAACUCCUCCGAUGGUGCCAAGUCGGCUGGGAUGACGUUCCUUCGCAUUCCCAUCGGCUCCUCCGAUUUUUCUGACAAGUCAUACACCUAUGACGACACCAAGAACGACACGUCGUUCGAGCACUUUGACAUCGACAACGCCCCGGCCUAUCUCUUUGAUACGCUCAAGGAUAUUCAGUCCAUCAACAGCGUCCUCAAGGUGCACCUCUGCCCUUGGUCUCCGCCCGGCUGGAUGAAGGAAUCAGGAACGAUUCUGGGUGGCAAGUUCGCGUCUGCAUACACCGGCUACUACGCGCAAUACCUGCUCAAGGCCUUGCAGGCGUUCCAGACAAAGGGUAUUGUUGCCCACGCGAUCAGUCUCCAGAACGAGCCACAGAACAGCAACCCGACGUAUGCGACGGCGCAGAUCGAUGCAUCCAUGGAAGCGAAGAUUGGCAGCGAGCUCCGUACCAAGAUGGACAGCAACGGCUUCAAGGACACCAUCAUCGUCGCCUACGAGCACAACUGGGACAACGCUGGUUCCUACCCGGUGGAAGUGAUGAAAGAUGCGGGAGAUUCGUUCGCGGGAGCUGCGUUCCACUGCUACGCUGGCAGCGUCAGCGACCAGGACAAGUUCCACGACGCGUACCCGGAUAAGGACAUUUACUUUACUGAGUGCACCGGUUCGUUCAACGGGGAUUUCUGGAGCGACCUUCAGUGGUACCUGAACAACAUCUUUAUUGGAGCCGUCAACCACAACUCCAAGAACGGCGCCAUGUGGAACCUUGUUCUCGACGGUAGCGGUCAGCCCCUGCUCCCCGGCACUGACAGCUGCGGCGGCAAGAACCCCUGCCGUGGUGUCGUCACGCUGAACAGCGACGGCUCUUACGAGCCCAACCAGGAGUUCUACGCCAUUGCGCAUGCGUCGAAGGCUGUCAUCCCCAAAGACAAGAACGGGCCCUUCGGCCAGCGCAUCGAUUCCACCGUCAGCGGUAGCAAUGACUUGGUAGUCACCGCCUACGUCACCAAGCGGUCUGCCUCGAAUGACUGGCCGCGUUACAGUCUGGUCGUGCUCAACCAGGGUGACUCUGACACCUCCGCUACCAUAGAGUUCGGCGGUAAGAAGGCUGUGUACAAGUUCCCCAAGGGUGUCACCACCCUCUGGUGGUAUGCUGCGUCCGACUAAGCGUUGGAUUCCUGUUGAUUGAGCGUAUGGACUGGACAUGACUCAACAACAACGGAGCACGCACUUUUACUUCACAUUGAUAUUUAUG